AUACUUAUAAUCACCGGCGCCAUCUUCGGUGGGGUUCACUGUUCGGCGUGGUCCUUCCCUUUUCCGACACACGCGGAAUCACUUAUAUGGCGCAUUUGUGCAGUAUACAUUACUAUAGCUCCUACUCUUGGCAUCGGUGCAUUUGAAAUAUUGAGUAGCACAAAGUUUGACGAUUUCGACGAAUGGCCUGUUUGGGCCACUGGGACGAUUUAUGUCGUUUCCCGGAUUAUCCUCUUCGCACUGACGUUCGCAUCCCUCCGCUCUCCUUCUCUUUCUCUAUAUCGAACGCCGUCUUGGUCUUCUUUUAUUCCC